AUGAGUACCCCGAUCUUUACAUGCAACUCCUGUGUUAUCCAAUUCAAAUCCAGUGAUUUGCAACGUUAUCACAUGAAAACAGAAUGGCAUAGGUACAAUUUGAAAAGAAGAGUCGCACAGUUACCACCCAUUCCUGCUGAUCAAUUCGCAGAAAAGCUACAACUAUCUGAGCAGACUCAAAGUUUAAUUGAUGAAUUUGGCUUCCCCGUCUUGAAACCUGUAUCUCAACAUAACCGCCAUGCUAUCGACAAGAGGAAACCUCAUCGCAAGCACAGCCGUGAGGUGAAACCAAACGAGAAAGAGGUCGUUGAAGAGGAUGUGCAAAUUGGACACUCGUUAGCUAAAGUCGUCUCGGCUGCUGAAUCUAUCGAGUCGCACUUUUCCAAAUUAUCUGUGAAUACAGAAAACACCAAUACCACAGAUUUUGGGGAAGACACUGUUUCUGAAUAUGGAUUCACCAGUGAUUCAAACUACGAUUAUAAUUCAAGUGAACAUGAGGAUGACCUCCAUUCGGAUCAACUCUCGGUCCAUGAUAAAUACCAUGUGACUGAUUGUAUAUAUUGUGGUGUGAAGAAUAAAGAAAUUGAAAGAAACGUUAAACAUAUGUUCCAUAAACAUGGUCUAUAUAUCCCUGAGAGAAGUUAUUUGGUAGAUUUGAAAGGAUUAUUGAAUUUCCUAAUCGAGAUAAUUAUAAUAGAAAAAACAUGUCUAUGUUGUAACUUCCAAGGUUCCACUUUGGAAAGUAUCAGAGAUCACAUGCGUUCUAAACGUCAUUGUAGAAUGCCAUAUGAAACUAAAGAGGAAAGACAAUUAUUUGCCCCAUUCUAUGACUUCAGUUCUCUUGAAGAGGAAGAAAAAGAAGAAACUGGAAAGACUUCCGCUAAACCAAAUAGUAAACAAAUUCAUUUCAAUGAAGCAGAGAAGGAAAUUCCAGAGGAAGACAUUAACUCUAAUUAUACCACUGUCUCGGUUGAUGAGACUGGGCUUGAGAUGAUUUUACCAACUGGUGCCAGAUUAGGACACAGAGCAGGACAAAGAUAUUACAGACAAAACAUACCUGUGUCCUCUCAAGGAUCAGAAAGCAGAAACACAGUCACUGCAGCUGAUAGAAGAAUGAUUAGCGGUGUAACUGAAAAACAAUACAAGAAGGGCUUGAAGAAAAUGCAACAAUUAGAAAAAAGAGCAAUUGAUGAACAAUUCCGCCGUGAUGUUAAGAGACUGAACUUCCAAACAUAUUACAGAGACGAAUUAUUACAAUGA